AAAAAAUAAAAAAAACAUCCUCCUUUGAUCAGAAUGGUAUUUGAAACUCAUGAUGUCCUUAAAUAUUUAACCGACAUGGAAACUAAAUUGAAUAUUGGCAAAGCAACAACAACAACAAGAUCCCCAUUACAUGAGUUAUUUAAUACUACUACGAAUAAGAAUAAUAAUUCACAAGAGGAUCGAUUAUUACGUCAUAAAUUAUGCAAUACGGAUCAGUUCUAUUCCAGGCAAACUAUAGAAUCCAUAGAUCCAAAUUUGAUUCAAUCCACAAAUGAAUUUACUCAUUUACCAGAUCAUUUAAAGAUGAUUAUAAAUAAAACAUGGAAAACAUAUUAUGAUCAAGAGAAUAAUGAAAAUCAUAUACCGAAUCUAACGAAAACAUCAGCUGUAUGUACAUGUCAAGCGAAUAUAUUAAUGAAUGAUUCAAUAUAUUUCCCAAAAUGUUCAACAACACCAACAACAAGUCAUGAGUCAAGUUUAGAAAUCAAUCAAUUGAUGAAGAAGAUACCAAAAAUGACGAAAUUACGACCAAGACCAUUAUUAAGACAAAAAGAAAAUGAUGAACAUUAUAUGACAUCAUCAUUAUCAUCAAAUAGUAUUGUGAUUACUUCAAAGACAGUCACUAGUUCUAAUGAAUUACAAUCUAUCACUAAUACACAUAGACCAAUGCAAGUACAUAUGCGUUAUCCAAUACCACGUAAACAAGAUGCUAUUUAUAAUGCAAGAUAUAAAACGCAACCAUGUUUACAUUAUCAAAAAUAUAAACAUUGUCCACUUGGUGAUAAUUGUCAUUUUGCUCAUGGUCCAGAUGAAUUAAAAUAUCCACAAUUUCAUCCAAAAUAUCGUACUAGAAUAUGUAUUAAUUAUGCUAAUAAUGGUCAUUGUCCAUUUGGUAGUAAUUGUUAUUUUUUACAUUUUACACCACCACCAAUCACAACAACCAUCACCAACACCACAACAGCAGCAGUAACAACUGAGAACCAUAUUAAUCAUAAUCUGAAUAGAACAGCUACGAGUUAUUGGGAUAUUGAUCAUUUUAUACAAGAUGAUAGUACUAUUAGUACUAUUAGUAGUAAUAGUAAUAGUCAUAUGGAUAUAAUGUCAUUAUGUUCAAAUUUAAGGCGAGUUACUAUUUAAAAUUUAAAAAAUUAAUUAAUAUAUUGUUUUGUUUUUCCUUGUUGCCAAGGGGUUUUUGCUUUGUUUAUCCUUUAAGGAACAUUUAUAUAUAUAUAUAUACCUUUCUAUUAUUAUUAUUAUUAUUUAAGAUGAUAAAAUUAAUAUUUAUUUAAAUAAAUUUCGUUCAUUCUGUAAUUUUCAAAUCUUUACUACUUAUUUUUUAUAUCAGUAUUAUUGUGACUACUUAUAUACAUAGACCCUCCCCCCCACACACACGUUUUGUAUUUGUUAUUCAAGUAAACAACCUUUUCCAGGGAUCAUUGUAGAUCGGAUUUCUUUUAAUCAUUAUUAUUAUUAUUACUAUGAUAUUGAUUCACAGAUCAGUAAUUGUGCUCGUUCCAGGGAUCAUGGAGAUCCGAUUUCUUUUAAUCAUUAUUAUUAUGAUAUUGAUUCACGGAUCAAUCACUAUGCUCGAUUUGAAUUGAUUUUUAAUUUCUAAUUAAUACUACCUCUAUGUUAAUGGUGUUUUAAUGGAUAGACUUAUUCAUUUAUAUUAAUAAUAAUAAUAAUAAUAACACCGGUAUAAUACUUUAUUUUUGUAUUGUUGUCAAGUCCAUCAUAAGUUCCAGGUUGCUGUUGUUGUUGUUGUUUAUCUCUUCUGUAUCUUCUUAAUGUUCCCAUUUUGUUUACUUGUGAUCUAUCCAUCUUAUUUUUUUUUAAUAAAAACACAUUUUGAUAAAGAUAUUUUUAUGUCAUAUUAUUUUUAUAAAUAAACAUUAGUCUUUUAA